UAGUUUGCUAGCAGAAAGAAUGGCUCCGUCUCCAGAGGAAAUAGAUGCUGUCACCAAGGCUCUCUCAGGAAUUGGUGUCAAAGAGGAAACAUUGAUAUCAAACUUGGGAAAAUGGAAUCUGGACGACAUGUCAUCCUUCAGGGAGGGAUGUGAUAGGUUCUUCGCAAAAGACGACCGUGGUUUCCAUAAGUGGUUUGCAUCCUUCAUAGAAGCUACUGAACGUGAAUUCUUACGGUUUAAGAGGGCUGUGGUGCUAUGGACCAUGCAUCCUUGGGAAAGGGAUGCUCAUUUGGCCAAUGAAGCUCUCCAGCAUGGGCAGACGUGGUAUGGUGUGCUUGUUGAGAUUGCAUGCACCAGGUCAUCAGACGAACUCUUGGGAACAAGGAAAGCCUACCACUCCCUCUUUGAAAAGUCAAUUGAAGAAGACGUUGCAUCCUGCAUCCAAACCAGUGAGCGCAAGCUGUUGGUAGCACUAGUCAGUUCUUACAGGUAUGAAGGGUCACGCGUGGAAGAAGCAACUGCAAAAUCUGAGGCCAAGUCUCUUCGUAAUGCCAUUAAAAGUGCCGGAGUGGCCAUUGAAAAUGAUGAGGUUGUGAGGAUACUAGCAACAAGAAGCAAGCCCCGGCUUAAGGCAAUAUUCAAGCACUACAAUGAUAUUGAAAAGAAGAGCAUUGAGGAGGAUCUUCAAGCAUACCCCAUAUUGCAAGCAACUGUACAAUGCCUUUGUGCUCCUGAGAAAUAUUUCAUCAAGGCCUUGGAUAAAGCACUGAACAAUGGAAACGCUGCGGAAGACCUGACUCGAGUAAUUGUGACUCGAGCUUGUACCGAAGAUAUGAAGGAAAUAAAAAAGGAAUAUCUUGAGCAAAAUAAAGACAUUCCUCUUUCUCAGAAGAUUAAGGAAAGAACUCUUGGGAACUACCAGAGUUUCCUGCUGAGAUUGGUUGACAAGUAAAUUAUAAGUUCUAAUGGAUCUUUUCAAAAGAAAAAGAAAAUCUAUUUUCAUCCAUGUAAGGAGUAUGCUAUGCAAUAGAAAUAUCAAUAAAUAAAGGUAUGUUAACCUCUCUUA